AUGCAAAAUCGUGCCCGAGAACGACAUCCAGGAGCUGUGUUUUCUGGCGCAGGAGCUGCUCAUCCAGGAGUCCAACAUCCAGCUGGUGGACCCGCCCGUGACGAUCUGCGGCGACAUCCACGGGCAACUGCACGACCUGCUGCGGCUGUUCAAGAUCUCCAAAGAGCCGCCGCACACAAAGUACCUGUUUCUCGGCGACUUUGUGGACCGCGGGUUCUACUCGCUCGAGACGUUUCUGCUGCUGCUGUGCUACAAAGUGCGAUAUCCAGACCGCAUCUACCUGAUCCGGGGAAACCACGAGUCGCGUCAGAUCACCAGCGUGUACGGGUUUUACGACGAGUGCAUGCGCAACCCGGCGAUCGAGACGAUCGACGAGAUCCGGCUGAUCGACCGCAAACAGGAGGUCCCGCACGACGGGCUCAUGUGCGACCUGCUGUGGUCCGACCCCGAGGAAAACAUCCCGGCCUGGGCGGUGUCGCCGCGCGGCGCGGGCUACCUGUUCGGCUACACCGAGACCGAGCGGUUUCUGUUCAAAAACAGCCUCAGUCUGAUUGCCCGCGCCCACCAGCUGGUCAUGGAGGGCUACAAGGAGGUGUUCGACGGCGGCCUCGUGACCGUCUGGUCGGCGCCCAACUACUGCUACCGGUGCGGCAACGUGGCUGCCGUGCUGACGCUCGACGACAACCUCAACCGCAACUACACCGUCUUCGACAGCAUGCUGCAGGACUGCUCCGAGAUCCCGUCCAAAAAACCCGUCGCCGACUACUUUCUGUGAGUGUGCCUGUCGCCAACGGCUGGCCUGCCUCGAGGCGGGCGUGCACGACCAUAAAUUUUAUUGUUUGGCAGAUCUCAGGCACAACAACAAGUUUUCUUUUGCUCCAUGACGGACACGAAAAACACGUCGACGCAGGACGUGCUCACAUCCAUCGUGGCGAACGGCGUUGUCUGCGCCGUGUUUGUGGGGCUUUUCCUGCUGCUCCGAGUCCGGUUCAAGCGCAUCUACCAGCCCAAGUCCAGCUUCGACAUCGUGCCCGACAGCGAGAAGCCGGCCCCGCUGCCGCAGGACCCGCUGACCUGGAUCUUUGCCCUGCUCAGGAAGCCGCCCUCCUUCGUCAUCCAGCAGGCCGGCAUCGACGGGUAUCUGUUUCUGCGGUACCUGUUUAUCGUGGCCUCCCUUGCUCUAGGAGGCAUAGCCACAUGGCCCGUUCUGCUCCCUGUGAACGCCACGGACGGCAAGGGCGAGGCUGGGCUCGACCAGCUGAGCAUCUCCAACGUCAGCUCGGCCCGCAGGUACUACGCCCAUGUGUUUGUGUCGUGCAUCUUCUACGGCGUCGUGCUGUUUGUGAUCUACCGCGAGCUGCACUUCUACUCGAGUCUGCGCAACCUCGUGCUCACGACGCCCGCGUACGCGAAGAAGCUCAGCUCCAGGACGGUCAUUUUCCAGACCGUCAGCGACCGGUACCUCGACGAGGAGGAGUUUUUCAAGCUGUUCGAGGGUGUCAAGCGGGUCUGGGUGGCCAGGAGAAACAGACGGCUGUCGCGCGCGCUCAAGCGCAGAGAGCGGCUCACGAGCGCGCUCGAGGUCGCCCUGACAAAGCUGCUCCAGCGCGCCGUCAAGGAGAAACUCAAGGCCGACAAAAAGGGCCGUGUCAUCGAGAACCCUGA